AUGGAACCGUUCAUGUCACUGGACAACUCAAAUGUAAUGGAAAACCGUAUGCAGAUGAUUUGGUGCAAGUUUGGGAGCAUAAGUUUAUUGGCCACGAAGUUUGGUAUGAGGGUUGGACCGAUCACAACGGGAACUUCUCCAUUGAAGCUUCUGGACAUGAACAUAAAUCCCGGAAUAUUCUACACUGAAAAUGGCUUUGGAUUUGCUGUCUACCCAUACAUCUGGAUUCCAAACUACUGUAACACUCAAAUAGAGCACAGAAAGCCGCGAUGCACGAAGAAUUUGGUGCAGAUUUAUAUUCCGAAAGAAUUCAUCAGUUAUGCAAACCAUCCAAGGGUCUUCAAUAUCGGGACGAUUGAUUUGGAAAAGGCGGAGGGAAAGAAUUUCAAGAGUAUUGAACAGUUUUUCGGUUACCAUCAAGAGUGUAGAAACGACUACGACGACCGGGAAGGUGUCGCCAUUGACUUCGUUCUCGAGACCGUCAAUGUGACCGAGGACGAGAACGGAAAAAUCGUCUUCCGCCAUCGCCGUUAUAUUAUCUCGGGCCUCCACUAUGCCUAA